UUUUAGGGCGACGAGCAAGGGCAUUUACUUUCAGCUGCUGUUGUUUUAUUUUGAACAUUUUUUUGACAGUUGUGUUACUGCCGAUAAGCCGGAUUGUGCGAGCUGAUCAAGUAGUGAGACAAGCAUUCGCAGCAGCAGCAGCAGCAGCGCUGUAGUCACAAGGAGCCGUGGCAGCAGAGGCAGCAGCAGCAUCAGUCACAGCUCGGGCAGCAGCGAAAGCAGCAGCAGCAACAAACUCUCUCCCGUCCUUUUCCCUCUUCUUUUUGGAGUUGUUUCCCACUCUGAGGACAAAAGCCAGGGGAAGUAGGAGGGAAGUGAUCCAGGGCUGAUAGCUGCGAUCUAAAACAAAACAAAAAAAAAAAAAACGCAGACCUGGCUGCCCACAUGCCUAUCGAAUUUGUUUGCAAAAUCAAAUUUGCAGAGGAGGAUGAGAAGCAGAAAAGCCAGCAAGAUGGGGAUAAGGAGAGCCUGAUCGAGGAGAGCUGCACGCCGCCGGCCAAAGACUUGGCUGGGUUUGCUAACUCCUGCACCCUCCAUGGGAUUAACCACAUCUUCGUCUCUGGCCGCCUGGGCAUCCGGCAGACUCUGUGGGCUCUUGCCUUUCUGACUUCUCUCGCACUCUUUCUGUACCAAGCCGCAAAGUGUGCCAUCUCUUACCUGGAGCACCCUCAUGUCACGGCUUUGAACGAAGAGGCAACUCCUGAGAUGGUUUUCCCCGCGGUGACCAUCUGCAACAUCAACCGCUUCCGCUUCUCCGCGCUGACCGAUGCCGACAUCUACCACCUGGCGAACUUGACAGGUCUGCCCCCCAAAAACAGGGACGGACACAAGCCCACUGAUUUAAUGUAUCCUGCGCCUGACAUGCAGGACAUCUUCAACAGGACGGGACAUCAGCUGGAGGAGAUGCUGAUGAGCUGCAAUUUCAGUGGACAGAACUGCUCAGCUGACGACUUCUCUGUGGUUUACACCAGAUACGGGAAAUGCUACACAUUUAAUGGCAACAAGACUGCAUCCAGGAAAACCAAGCAGGGCGGAAUGGGGAACGGGCUGGAGAUCAUGUUGGAUAUCCAGCAGGAUGAGUAUCUGCCCAUCUGGAGAGAGACAAAUGAGACAUCUCUGGAGGCCGGCAUCCGAGUUCAGAUCCACAGUCAGGACGAGCCGCCGUACAUCCACCAGCUGGGCUUCGGUGUCUCCCCCGGCUUCCAGACCUUUGUUUCCUGUCAGGAGCAAAGGCUGACAUACCUGCCCCAGCCCUGGGGGAACUGCCGCUCCACCAGCAGGGAGAAGUUCCCGGGGUACGACACGUACAGCAUCAGCGCCUGUCGCCUUCUCUGCGAGACCAACGAAGUGAUGCGGGUGUGCAGCUGCAGGAUGGUGCACAUGCCUGGAACUGCAGCUAUCUGCCCUCCCAGUAAAAUCAGCUGUGUUGACAAAGCRCUCGCACAGCUUCAGAAGAACAGCGGGGACACCUGUCCAUGCGAGACGCCCUGUAAUCUCACCCGCUACGGUAAAGAGCUCUCCAUGGUCAAAAUCCCCAGCAAGGGAUCGGCUCGAUAUCUCUCCAGGAAAUACGACAAGUCAGAGGACUACAUCAGAGACAACUUCUUGGUGUUGGAUAUCUUUUUCGAAGCUUUGAACUAUGAAACUAUCGAACAGAAGAAAGCGUACGACGUUGCAGGUUUGUUAGGUGACAUUGGUGGACAGAUGGGCUUAUUCAUCGGAGCCAGCAUCCUGACAGUUUUAGAAAUACUGGAUUACAUCUAUGAGGUGAUCAAGCACCGGCUACAGCGUCUGCUCAGACCACAGAAAGAAGAGAAGAAGAACAAGCCUUCGCCGCCGACCACAACAGUUGCAACAGUGGGUCUGGAAGAAAUGAAAGUGAAGGAGCCCAACGACACGACACGGACUCACCCAGAGGGGGCGUACGCCAACACAAUCCUCCCCAACCACCACCACCCUCACCCCCACCCCCACCCCCAUCCCCACCACCACCGUGCCGGACGUCACGGCGUGUUCGAGGACUUCGCUUGCUAGAGCAAACCUCUGUUUCCGGUCCUGGUGACAACAAAAGAUCUUGUCUGGAACUUCUUCUGUGUCGAGACCAAUAACGGACCCUUCUCUGCAUCUCCGUCAUUUCUUUGCUGUCACCAGAGAAAAGCUACGGCCAAAGUCAAAACACCAAACUUGUGCUGCUAACAAACCACUUGUACGUACAGUCUGUAGGCACAAAUCGGACACGGCUUCUUCGGUUUUUCCUUUUUUUUUUCUUUCUUUUUUUCGCUCUGAAUGGGCCUCUGCUCAACUCCGUCCUGCUUCACUUCGAUUCCAGACAYUUUGUGAUUACAGGACCAAUUUGGUUUUUUUGUUUGUUUUGGGAUACAUGAUCACCACAAAAGGAACAAGAGCAGAACUGCAUGUCACCUCGAUCCAGUUUGUUCUCUGAGAGGGACAAAAAAAUAGGGUUUAUUUAUUCAGUUCUGAUUCUGUUUCUGUAUGUGUUGCUCCUCUCGUUCUUCAUCGAGCUGUACCGUAUCAAAUCAGUACACAUGAUAAAUUAUGUAAUUAUUUAAAGAGAUACUAUUACCUAUAUGUUCAGUAACGUAUACGAGACAGCAGUAAUUCAGUAAGCAAAUCUUCUUCGUGUGAAACCUUUUGGAAGCGUGAGGGAAGUCAUUGAGGGUGGUAAACAGGACCUCAGCCUUGAAGCACGAGUAGCAUCUUUCCACACGAUACAUUCUGUCUGGUUUGUGGUUAAGGUGUUAGAGAGUAGCAGUGUACUUGUACAUAACAAAAAAAAAUUCCUAAAGGUCUGUUUUAAUGGUUGUUGUUUAUAUUUAUUUAAUAUAUACUUAUGUAAUAUCGAUUUGAGUUAUUUAUACAUUUUAGACCAGAUUUUUUAUAAGAAAAUAGCAAUCACGAUUGUAGCAAUUGCUGUACUUUCACUCUGCGGGUAAGACAGACUGCCGGACAUUAGCACACAUGACUUCUCUACGCUGUUUCCUUUCCUACGCCCUGAUUUUUACAAGGCCACACACACAAACUGCUGCGUACGGAUGAGAAUUACAAUGUUUUCGGUUAAAUUAUUCUUCUAGUUCUCCAUAUUUCUGCCCUCCGCUCACGCUUUGGUUUGAUUGGGAAACUUUCAGCUGACAUAAGCAAUAAAAGAGAGAUUUCUUUCC